GGCAUGGAGUGCAAGCUGGAGGCGCACCGCAUCGUCAGCAUCUCCCUGGGCAAGAUGUACAGCGCGCGCGGGCAGCGCGGCGGCGCCAAGCUGCACAAGAACCUGCUGGUCUCGCUCGUGCUGCGCAGCGCCCGGCAGGCCUACCUGAGCGGGCUGGGGGGCGCCGACCCUCUCCGGCCCGGGGAGCCCUCGCCGCCGCCGCCCGGCCCGGCCCCUCCCCGGGUCUUCUUGCAACCCCAGCAGGCGGCUUCCCCUUUGCCCCGGCAAAGCUGCGGCUGCGGCUGCUGCUCCGCCUCGGCGGGUGGCCGGCCGGCGGAGGCCCCUUCGCCGCCUUGCUGCCCCAGGAAGCGGAGCGCGGCGGCGGCGGCGGAGGAGGGGGGCUCGCCGGUGAAGAAGCCCCGCCGCGAGGAGGAGGCGGCGGCGGCGCCGGAGGAGGACAUGGAGACGGGCAACGUGGCCAGCCUCAUCAGCAUCUUCGGCUCGGGUUUCUCGGGACUGCUGGGCAAGCAGCCCCCCUCUUCCCCCUCCACCGGCCGGAGGGGGCGGCCGGAGGAAGAAGAAGCCGUCGGGGGAGCGGAGCCGGGGCAGAGGGGCUGCGACGAGCCGCUGCUUCGCAACCUCAACCCUUGGAGCACAGCCAUCGUGGCCUUCUGA